AUGAAAAUGGAUGAUGACAGUCAAUUAAAAUUAAUACAAGAUAUCAAGAUUAAUCUUCGAAGAUCUGCAUCAGAUUUAUCACAUUGGAAACUUUACAAAUCAGCCAAAUGGUCAUCAGAAGCAUUAAUCGGAAUGUGUGAUAUUAGCCCGUUUUUAUCCAAUAAAGCUGAUCCAGUAAAUAUUACAUAUGAAUCUCCACUUAGGAAUAGGACUGGAAUGGGAAGGUUAGGUAAUGACGGGAAAACGAAUAAUAAUGGUAAGAUGGCGAUGGAUUACGAUCCUAGGUACGGUAUGAAUGAUGAUGAAUAUGACUUAUAUCUUUUGGCAGUAAGUCUGUUUGAUUGUAAAGAGUUCGAUAGGUGUUGCUAUUUCCUUAAGGAUGUUAAACAUCCUUGUUUGAAGUUUUUGAAAUUGUAUAGUAAGUUCAUAUCGUGGGAUAAGAAGAAUCAAGAAAGUGUAGAAAGCGUUUUGACAGUUGGGAAGUCUAAGAAUAUCCCAACAGGGAUAAAUGAUCCAGAAGGAGCUUCAUCUUCUACUGCUUACGAUUUUACUACACAAGCAAAGAAGAUUAAAACAUCUCGUGGAGUUGUAAAUAUGGGGGACGGCCAUCAAAGUAGCAUUUCAUUGAUAUUACAAGAAUUGAACCGUUACCUAGAUGAUUUAGAAAAGCAUGAUGAUGUCGUAUCAGGUAGAGGUUUGUACCUUGGAUUAUCAUUGCUUUAUUAUUUGAAAGGUGUUCUCCUCAAACAAGAAGGCAAUAAAUCUUCAGCAAUGAGUUCGUUCCUAAAAUCAUUAUCACACUAUUCGUUUAACUGGACUUGCUGGAUAGAGUUGACUGAAUGUUUAUCAAGAGCAGACGAAGCAUUUCAAUUACUCAAAUACUUGGACGAUAAAUUUGUCAUUCAAUCCGAAGUACCGUUUGAUACCCAACAUACGGUCCAAUAUAAUAUAAUGUUGAAAUUUUUCAAAUUAACAUUAUCACAAGAUUAUAAGGGAAAUAUGGAUGAAUUAAUGGACCUUAUAGAAACACUACUGGCAAUAUUUCCGAACUUUGCUUAUAUCAAGGCACAGAAUGCAUUAAUAAAUUACCAUUAUAUGGAUUACCUCAGUUCUGAGGACCUAUUCGAACAAAUCGUAAAAUUAGACCCCUACAGAUUAGAUGACCUAGACACUUAUUCCAAUAUACUCUAUGUGAUGCAAAGACAUUCCAAACUAGCAUAUUUGGCUCAAUUUGUAUCUCAAGUUGAUAAAUUCAGACCUGAAACUUGUUGUAUAAUAGCUAAUUAUUAUAGUGCUCGACAGGAACAUGAAAAAUCCAUCAUGUAUUUUAGAAGGGCAUUGACUUUGAACAAGAGUUGUACAAGCGCAUGGACUUUAAUGGGUCAUGAAUUUGUUGAAUUAAAAAAUUCACAUGCUGCCAUUGAAUGCUAUCGAAGGGCAGUUGAUAUUAAUCCCAAGGAUUUCAAAGCUUGGUAUGGGUUAGGUCAAGCAUAUGAAGUGCUAGAAAUGCAUUUAUAUUCACUAUUCUACUUCCAGAAGGCAUGUUCCUUGCAACCGCUCGAUCGCAGAAUGUGGCAAGCUUUGGGGACAUGUUAUAUUAAAAUUGGAUACAAAUCAGAUGCGUUGAAAUGUUUUGAAAGGGCAUUACAACAUUCAGGUAACAUUGAACAAGAUAGUGUACUAUUAUUUAAAAUUGCAGAGAUUUGCGAGCAAUUGAAGCAGAUGGAAAGAUGUAAAUUGCAUAUGAUACGAUGUGUUGAGCUUGAGAAAAGCGAAGAUGGAUUUGCGAAUGAGGAGACGAUAAAAGCCCGCCUAUGGUUAGCAAAGUAUGAAUUGAAACAUGACAAUUACGAAGAGGCUUACAAAUAUGCGACAGCUGUCACUAAUGGGACUGCACAAGAGGUCGAGCUUGCUAGGAGCAUUGCAAGACAUUGUCAAACAAAAAUGUAA